AUGGCAUGUUUGGACAAAUGUUUGCCAGUGCGUUGCUGGCUCACCUUUGUUACUGGUCUGGUGGAGUGUCUGUGCUUUGCGGGAAUUGUAUUUGGAUGGGCUUCACUUGUGUUUGUGCUCAAGAUGGAGGGAUACUUCAGCUCCUUUUGCCAAAACAUAACAGAAGUCAACAUAACAGAAGUCAAUGUAACAGAAGUCAACAUAACAGAUGUUAACGUCACAGGAGUCAAUGGAACAGAUGUGUUAGAUUGCGGGGAACAGGAUGGACAGUUCUCACUCAUUUUUACUAUUGCUUCUGUUUUAUUAAAUCUUCUGACAUUUUCCAGUGGAUUAGUCUUUGACUGGUUUGGCACGACAGUAGCUCGGCUCUGUGGAAUAUUUCUACAUACCACAGGUAUACUGAUGGUGGGCUUCUCAACACCAGCUUUGUCCGUCCUGCUCUUCCCAGCUCUUUGUCUGAUAGGAGUGGGUGGUGGGUUGUUUCUCAUCACCAACAUGCAGGUGGGAAAUCUGUUUGGUGCACGUCGCUCCACAGUCAUCACUCUCUACAACGGGGCCUUUGAUUCUUCUGCUGCUCUCUUCCUUGUAAUCAAAUUGUUGCAUGAGGUCCAUGUCUCCUUCCACAUCUCCUUCCACUUUUUAUCUGCCUGCAGCGUCAUUCACCUGCUCAGAACUCUGUUCCUGAUGCCUCGGAACUUCAUUCCUUACCCUCUCCCUGAACAUUAUACAUAUGGGUUAAUCUGUGGUAACUCAAAUACUCCAAACUCAGAGCAGACGGACAGGAACAAUGAAGCACAGAAUACAGUGAAUGAAACCCCACCUGACAGGACCGACACUGAGAGCCAAGCUCUCUCAGAGAAGAGUUUCCGUGAGUGUUUGCUGUCCAGAUGUUUUAUUUUCCAUGUACUUUGGUUGUCGGUGAUGAUGCUCAGACAUAACUUGUUCAUCGGUACCCUCAACCCCAUGCUGCAGAGACUGACUGGAGAGGAGCAUUCGCUGGUGAGUCACUACACCACUGUGUUUGCUAUAACGCAGCUUUGUGGGUUACUGUUUGCGCCAUGGAACGGACUCAUCAUGGACAGACACAAAGGCAAACCUCGCUCCGCAGGAGAGACUGAAUAUGAGGCAGACCUCCGAGCUAUGGUGCUUUCUCUCUUCCUGACGGCUCUGCAGUGUUUGUUGUUCUCAGUUUGUGCCACCAUCCCCAUCCUGCCUCUUCAGUACAUGACCUUCAUCCUGCAGGUUCUCAAUCGCUCCUUUCUCUACGGUGGCCAUGCAGCCUUUAUUAGUAUAGCUUUCCCAGUGUGUCACUUUGGGAAGUUGUUCGGCCUGGUCAUUGCUCUUGCUGGACUGUUUUCUUUACUGCAAUAUCCCUGCUUCAUCCUUGUGGAAGACGUCCUUGAUGGAGACCCUCUAUAUGUGAACAUCGCCCUGACGCUGCUCAUCCUGUUUGCGUUCAUCCAUCCCUUCUCCGUCUACCUGCAUUGUCGUAGUUUGGCUUCACAAGAAGCCAGUGGUCACGCCAUCGCUGCCUAAUUCCAGUUUGUGAACUGAAAUGUUCUUAAAAU